UUUCAUUGCGUUCACCAACAGUGAUCUGGACACUAACCAGCUCGACUGCAAAUCAAUAGUGUUGGUAUUAGAAUACGUUUACUAGUUAGUAGGCUGGUCAAAUACAUCCUGAUCAUGAAUCCUUUAGCCGCGACCUUGUUCGUCGGUAUCGUGAGUGUUGCAAUGGCAUUCGAUGAAGAGUGCAUUGGCAAACGCAACGGAGCCACCUUUGCCGACGAGUACAGCUGUAGUAAAUAUCGGGUCUGUCUCGGAGGAUAUCUUUCUCACGGUGAAUGCAUGUCCGGACUUUCCUGGGAUAAUUUUCGGCGGCUGUGUCUACCAGCGGCAUUAGUGUCUUGCACGGCCAAACUUACUACAACUGUUCAGACCACACCUUACGUGCCACCAACUGAUGAUGGAAUUAUACUGGAUGAAAACCACAACAGUCUGCCAGAUGAUUUUGAGACUGGAGAGUACACAUGCCCACAGCAAGGCGUGUUAAGCAUACCACAUCGACGCAGCUGUUCACAGUAUAUUCUGUGUUUCGAUGGCACUGCCGUACUGCAGCGAUGUGCCCCUGGACUUCAUUUUAACGCAGCGCAAAGUCAGUGCACUCUGCCCAGCUUGGCUAGUUGCGAUUUGCAGGAGCAUGUGUGCCCUGAGAAGGACGAUCCACUAAAGCUUGUAUUUGUAGCAGAUCGCUUUGAUUGUUCCAAGUACUACUAUUGUUACAACGGAAAGUUCCAUCCACACAGUUGUGCCCCAGGACUACACUGGGAUCCACUAAACAACUGGUGUACGACAAUCGCGGAAUCAAAGUGUCAAAACUUCACACCCUACAUGGAAGUGAACGAACCGACGUUGGUUCCAAAAAAAGUCAGUUGCAUGGACGACCAUGCCCGUUGGGUCAAGCAUCCAAAAAGCGAACGACAUUAUUAUCUCUGCUACAAGGGCAAGUCGUUGCUAAAACGCUGUGAUGAUGGUCUCAUCUGGGAUGAAACAACACACUCGUGCAACUAUGAAAACUGAUCAACGGAUAAACGUUAUCUUGCCUUUGGAUUGAAGUUUUGCAAACUAUCAAAUAAAAUAUUGAUACUACCAUAAAGGGAAUGCAAAUGCAAGUAUGUAAGUGAAAA